CCGUAAUUCGCGAUGCUAGCACCUGCGUGAAAUUUCACAAAACGCCGAGUGGAUGCGUUCUUUGUAGGGUGGUCAUGCAUUGCUAAAAUAGUGUUGUUGAUUUGAUCCAAUGACUGCUGCUCCUUUGCUCUUCAGAACAUUUGGAUAUUGUCGAGACGCAUACAGACGUUCGAUGUUGCAUGUCAUAAUCAGAAAGUAGUAGCGAAAACUCGCAACCGCGCCCGAUUAGUAGAAUAGGGAAGUAGAAUAGAGUGGAAGCGUUUACAGCGCCACUUGCGGCAUUAUUUAGAGUUUUGUUCGUUUUGUAGCAGACUGUUAUUCUAUGCAAUUUUUUUAUGUCUCUGGCAGCUGUUUCUUCGGUCGCUACUUUGCUGCACGAGCCGUGACUUGUAGCUCCCGUGCGCGCAGUCGCCGGUGGCUGCGCGUUUAGUACGGUCCGUGCGUACGCUACUGAUCCAAUUUACGGAAAACGAGCAGAGCUCCAGAUUUGUGCGCUAAUAGGCGCAGCGGCCGCAAUCACAGUUUAGGAUUAAUGGUUUAGCCCAGCGCGUAACUGCCGCGGGUAACGAGAGAGAAGGGGAUAAAAGUGGAAAGGGAAAGAUCGCUUGUUGUCACCGCAUCCGCUUCUUGAUGCGUCGGAAGAGAAUGGGAUUGCCGAUUGUACGCGCCGUGGCAAGAGCGAAGGAACAGCCCAGCAAGACGCCGCCUCGGACGUCGCAGCGGUCAGCAGCAGCUGCGCUGUGCGCAGACCCCUGUUGCAGCGUGCGUGCGUCGUCCCUGCAUCGGUAGGGCGGCCGCGGAGAAAAAAGCUCGACGUCGAUGGAGCUUCGCUCCUACGCUGGCACGAGCGAUGACUCUGGCGGAAAACGGCUCGAUUGCCCGCUCUGCGAGACACCGUCCAGCAUGAGAGAUGCCCGCGGUGACAGCUCGCCGUUCACCGGCGCGGCUGAGCCCGGCUGGCAGCCGUGCCGACUGCUCACCGCCAGCGGACAUCACAAGAGUGUCGCGGACUUGGUCUCCAACGGGUAUCCCCACAUCAUAUGUUCCUCGCAUACCUCUGCAAGCAAGACUACUGUCGAGCAGGUGCUCCCGGCAUUCCAAAAGGUGCAAGUACCCCGCAAGUGCCAUAGCUUACCGCGAAACUUCAAAUUCCGGCCGUACCAGCCCGAUAAGGUUACGUCGGAUGCCUACACAACACCGUUGCUGAGCAGACAGUCGUCCGAAGUUGUUGGCCCUUCGGACUUCAAGUCGCGCCUGGAUGUCAUAAAAGAUUGGUUCAGCACGUUCACUGAUGAUCAGAAGAAUGCCACAUUGAAAGCACUUUUGGGCUUGUGCGGCCAGUCCCAGAACCAUCUCCUCUCCGUCCUGCUCCAGCCAGUUCUGCACGAGCACUGCCCCGACAACUGCCAGGACUGGCUCAGCUCCUUACCACAGGGUCCCCGGCUGCUCAUUUUCUCGUACCUGGAUCCGGUGUCACUGCUGCGCUGCGCCCAGGUGUGCCACGCGUGGCGCGACCUGACCCGCGACCCCUACCUCUGGCAGCGCCUGUGCUCACAGCCGCAGUGGCGCGUGAGCGCAGCCACCGAGCGCAAGCAGCUGCAGCUUCUGCGUCGCCUCGAUGGUCACGUGGACUGGCGUGCCGUCUUUUGCCAGCGGUUCCGCCUGAGGCGCAACUGGCUUCGCGGCAGCUGCCAUGUGCGCACAUUCCACGGGCACACGCAGGCCGUGUUCUGUGUCCAGUUUGACGACACGCGCAUUGUGAGUGGCUCCUCGGACAAAACGAUCAAGGUGUGGAACAUGCGCACAAACAGCCCCUGGUCGGUGAUGACCCUCGUCGGUCACUCGGGCACGGUGCGCUGCCUUCACCUGAGCGGCAACCGGCUAGUCUCAGGCUCCAGUGACUGCACGAUAAAGGUGUGGGACUUGAGCACGGAACACUCCUGGUCCAGCAUAGCCUGCAAGGGCACCAUGGUUGGGCACAUAGACACUGUGCGAUGCCUUCAAGCUGAUCAACGCCAAGUUGUCAGUGGCUCCUAUGAUCGCACUCUUAAGGUGUGGGACAUGCGGACAGGACGUUGCCUGCGCACACUGGUCGGUCACACCGGUGCGGUACUGUGCCUGCAGUACCACGGAGACCAGCUUGUGUCGGGCUCCUGUGACCGAACCAUACGAGUCUGGCAGCUGGGCACCGGACGCCACAUGGCGACCUUUCACGGUCAUCAAGAUGCAGUCACCUGCCUCCAGUUCGACUCCAUGCAGGUGGUGAGCGGUUCCCUGGACCGCACCAUCAAGCUGUGGGGCCUGUCGAGCGGACACUGCCUGCGCACCCUGGACUGGAUCAAGUCUGAGGGCCACACAGGCGUGGUGCGCUGCCUGCAGGCCGACCAGUGGCGCAUCGUCAGCGCUGGCGACGACCGUGCGCUCAAGGUCUGGGGCCUCGAGACCGGCCAGAGGCUCGUCACACUGCGCAACCACUCGGAUGGGGUCACCUGCCUCCAGUUCAGUGACUGCCUCAUCGUUUCGGGCUCCUAUGACCAGACGGUCAAGUUGUGGGAUUUUACCGUCUGCUGAAAGGCGCUGCAAAAAGCCUCGAAACGGUGUUUCUGCCGUGACCGUGCACACAGCAGACAGCAGAUGCGGCACUUAAGGUGCAUUCACACGGGUAAUUGACAGAGGCCGCGCAACCGACCAUGACUGGCGACCAAGGAGCUAACAGGGUGACAGAUGUUUACACUGGCAAACGCAACCUUUCCUUUGCCACACUGAAAGGUCUCGUGAUUGAUGGUCUUCACGUCUGCUCAAAGCCUCACACCGCCAUCACCACAUAAAAUAAGCGUCAGUGUACACAGACGUCCUGCUCCGAUGUCACUAAUUGGUUUAGUAGGCUUGCGACUGCAGUUAUGUGACUGGAAAAUCAAACAGCUGACCCAAAACAAUGGCUUUUCACCCAAAGCGACCAUUUGCGACCAACUAGGUCGUGCGACCUCUGCAAGUCACCGAUGUGAAUGAGCCCUUGGUCGUCCAUGUUGCCCACAAGCAGAGAAGUGCUUUGUUGCUCCGCAAAAGUGCGGUUUGCCAAACUUGGUAAAAGCGCUGCAUUUGUAAAUGUUCAGAAGCAGAGUACGUUGCAUCUGCGAGCGAUGGAUGACUCGGCACAAGUGCCAUAGCUAGAUGGACAACUGGUGAAGUUGGUUUGAAUACGUCCUGAUGCACUUAAAAGAAAAACACUAAAUCAGGCCAGACUGAUUUGUCUUAAGACAGAGACCUACUUGCUGAAGAAAUUGCAAUUUAAGGCUGACUUUUUUUUUCUAUUUUUAUCUCUAUUGUCCCAACUACAGACAUAGUGGUUCGUUGUAUGACAUCACAUGUUAGGGCCUCGAUUCUGCAGGAAGAAUUCAUAAACGUUCCUACACAGAGCUUUAUAACAUCAGCAACGUAUAGCGUGCUUCACUGUGUAAUUUCUCGUGCUUUAUAUCUACUACGGCCACCGAGAUGAAAUUUAUCACACCUUUGCUCUAAUUUUAUGUUUCAUUGACCUCAAUUGAUGGCUUCAAAUAUUUGAAAACUAUGAAAAAAUAUUCGUAUUGGCGAAUAGUGACUAUACAAUUAGAAACAUAAUUGAAUUUUACAUUAUUUAAUUUGUUGUUCAUAGGUUUCAAAGGUUCGCACACUCCUAAUUAAAUGUACAAAUUCAAGAUGGUUUCAAGAUAGGUCAGUAGAACCCAGUAGAGCUGGUGGUAAGGUUCGUGGAGCCUAGAAUUGCCAUCCAGUGGUCUCGUAGGAUGAAGACCAUUUGUUUACAAUUAGCAAGCCAGAAGCAAUUGUUAUUGCAGCUGUGUAAAUUGUAUCUAUUGGAGCAUCAAGGCAAAUAUAACUUGCUAUCUUAUCAUUGCUCUGUUUAUGUGAGAUCUGCAAGAAUUCAAUUUGCAAUAAUAUUGCUAAAUUUCAGGGCAAUACACAUCACGCACGCACACACACACACACACACACACACAUGCCUUGUUGCGCUAAAUUUAGACAUCUUGACAGGUGCGGUUUGGAGAAUUCCAAUACCUCGUCUUCUGUCAACUUGCUUCUACAACUUUAUUGAAAACUUUAUAUUUCAAACCAUUUCUAUCAAGGAAAUUGGCCAGCCUAACUAGGAUAUUAGCUCUGAACAUCACCAGAAACUCCCUUUUCUUCUUUUUUUUUUCGUCUUGUACAAAUUAUAAAGAAUUUUAAGUCAGCUCGGCAAUGCUCAGAUAAGGGCAUUUCUGUAUUUAACUUGCAUUCAGAUAGGGAGAAAUCGAAGCAAAGCUUUCUUUCAAGAAAUGCAAAUGAGAAUUGCGAGAAAGUAACUUACCAGACUGAGCUGAUUGAGUGUUUCUAUUCAGUGCUUCAAGCUAGACAGCGUCAUGCUUCUGCAAGCUGCGAGCACCCGCGGGACAGCCGCAAGAUUGUGGAGCAAUUGUGGAGCCUGGCAUUCUCACUCGAUGCUGUGCGUCGCGACAUUGCCACUCAGUCAUUAGUCGCUCCUGCUAAUCUCCUUCAGUGGCAACUUUGCAUUCAGCUUGCUGCACCAAGCUCCUUGACAACUUGCAACAGCUUAGGAGCUGUUGUGUGGGUCAUAUCGAAAACUUGUCACGCACGGUCAUUCGUUUUUUUUUUAGCUUCUUGUACCACGUUGCACGGCACAUGAAGGCUUUGCACGUACGGCCAAAAUGCCAAGCUCUGUGUUCUCCUACGGCGUGCACUGCGGCAGCAUUUUUUGUAGUCUCGAUUCCCGUGUGUCGUGACCCACCAGUGGGUCACUUGUCAUAUUCCCCUGGUGCAUCAUGACCCACCGGUGAGUCAGCAGGGAGUCGUUCUCCUUUGAAGUUCCCGCUAGGUGCCGAGCAAUGGCACCAUGCCACGUCGGAUCAGAAACAAUGAGAAUUUUUUUCUCUUCGUUGAUUUCUAGAGAAAAAUUUUGCUUUCGCACUGCAAGAAAUCCUUGCACAGCUGCACAGGGAGAAUAACUGCUGUGACCCACCGUUGACCCACGCCGCAGUGAACGUGUUAAAUUGGUAGUUAAUAUAUGCAUGUAUAGCCAGCCGUGUGCUUUGCACUUGCAUCACACAUACGGCAUCGCCCUGUGUAUAGUGUACCGGUGCAUUCCAGAUUACACAAGUAGUGCCAAGAUCACUGUAUCGAUUUCAAGAUCACCGCGAGUGGUCUUUACACCACUCCCAGCGUGGGCUCUACACCUGAUGUUAUCGGUGUUGUUUGUGUACGCGGCUCUCGCACGUGGCAUUUUUGAAACCACUGCUGUGCACCAGACAAAGCUUGCAAAUUUUGUUCGUUAUUUAUCUUAAUUUUGCAUUUAUGAAUUGUCAAGUCACCCAGCAAAGAAUGCAAACCUGCUGGUAAUCCUUUCGAGGUUGUGAGUUCAUUUUUCAAGCAGUAGUAGUGGUUACACAUACCUAGUGCAGACUUGACGCUACUGAAUGUUGCGUUAAUAAGGGAGACCAGUAUAGAGUUCUUCAUUAGCAACAAAGUGACAAUAAAGAUGUGCCAGUUUUGCACAUUCUGGGCAUCAGUUUUGCACAUUCUGGACAUUCUGGGCAUCUGGUGCAUCAACUUUCUUCGGUUCUACUAGCACGUGCCUUUAACAGCCAAGCUGCUAGCAUGGCAUUGGCCACAGAGCUCUUUGUGAAAAGGUGCAGGAAUGUCUCAUUCGGCUGAAUUAAUACCUCGUUCGUUCUCCGUUUCGCACAGAGUUGGCGUUCUGUGCCACACGCUGAUUAACACUAUGUUUGGAUGCCGUAUUAGCCUUUCUUGAUUCGGAAUAAAUCAACAAUACACAUCUAUUGCAAGGGCAUUGCCAGACAAGAAAUGUAAAUUUGCUCAAGGAAGGGAACAGCAGCGCCAUCUGUCAUCUGGAGGGUAUAACCACUCUGUGCGGCCUACUAUUGCUUGACUUUUGCCCUCACUAUGCAGCACCACUGUAUCUUUCAGUGAAAAGACGUGUAUUUCUCUUGGCAUCGCCGUAGACAAUGUGUGUUGUGAUUAUUCCGAAUGAAACUUAGUUGUAUGUGCUAAAUUGGCACCAAACAAGGAGCACUGUGAAUGUGCCACCUCCAUGCAAAAAUUGAGUGGAAACGAGUGAGGUGGUUUAGAAGGAACCAUUUAACUCCUUUAUGGGUUGCACAAAGCGUGCUAAAGCUUAAACUUCGACAGGCCUAAUGAAUGGGCACUUCAAGGCAUGAUACUAAGCCCCCUUAUUGACGUAAUGCUCAGUACUUGCAUACUGUGUCACAUGCUAAAGAAUGUGAACGAAGCUGUGGCAAAGUAUCCUGUCUCCAGAAAAGAUAUUUUGCACUGUUGCUUGCAACUGAUGUGGCUUAUCUUCAGAUGAUGUCCCAUGUGUUGUGUAUAUAAAUGUUUUAAUUUCCAAUGGAAGCAGCAUUUGGGCACUUGUUGGGUAUAUGUACUGUGGUAAAAUUGACAAAAAAAAUUUAGAAGUGCGAACACUUUUUCUUUUUCUGGAUGUCAGGGUACUGAGAGGGGUGCGCAUUUAUUUUGGUUGAUGGCACUUUCUUUCUUUUUUUUUUUGGAAAGAUGUUCACUCUGUAAAAUGUCCAAGUCAUAAUUUUGCAUGCGGGAAGCAGGCUUAAACUAGGAGUGUUGGUUUUUUAGUCAGGCGAGGCACCAAAACACAUUACGUGGCAGCCACUUUUGUUAUGAACGGUGACAGCACCCCAGCAGUUUGACGUGCAUUCGUCUUAUUAGGUUUAGUAUUACGAUGACUCAGUAUCUGUAAGCAUUGCAUUACACAGUGCACUGUAAUGGUGGGAUUACUCUUUUGAGGGCAUGCCUAGGCUAGCUCAAAUGAGAUUGGCAAUACAAAAGUGUUCAGUCACUUUUGCCAAGAUGAAAGUCACCACUAGAGCGAAAAUUACGUGAACGCAGGGCAGGAGUGGCGCCACCAUUGCAAAAAGAAGGAACUAGGUUUGGAUGUAGUGAUCCAUAGCAGUAGUGCAGUGAUUGUUCAUUCAGAUCACUUGUUUGCACCCUUAAGCGACAUCCGGUCAUUCUUUUAUUUUAUUUGGGUUCUUUUUUUUUUGGGUUGCAAGAUGUUUUGUACAUUUACAGAGGCCUAGGAGCACAGUAUGGCUCAGGGUUUACUUGUCUCGAUCAGUGACGUGCUUGGCUAAAUCGCAGUGCACAAGUUUUUUUUUUGCAACUGUUUCUGACAAAAGCGCUCAAACAUUCAGACAACAUAUUUGAUGCAAGUCCUCAGGUUGUGUCUGUUCUCGUAGGACCAAUUACUGUUUAUAAAGCAUGUUACAUAUUCGCAAAGUUAAAAAGAAACUUUAGCUCAAGGCCAGCUCUGAUUUAUUCUUUUGGAAAGCCUUGAAAUGUAGAAAUGCUCUUGUUAAGCAAAAACUGAACCAAUUUCUGCUAUAUUUGUUACAUUUAACAAGAAAUGCCAAAUUCUAGCAACUGGUGGUCUUAGAAUUUUGACCUAGGCCCUCAUAAAGUUUGCAGGAAUAAAUUUGAUUGGAAAAACAAAAACAAAAUGGCCCUAUUAUAUCACUAUAGCUCUAUGGCAAAAGCAAAUGUCAUGAGUCUGUAAUGUGUACCUUACAGAGCAUUUAGAGAGAACCAGUUUGGUGCACUAUGUGCAGCUUUAAGCUACCUUGGUGUUCAGAAAAGGUAACUAUUGCAGAACCUGCAUAAUUGAGCAAGUUGAUACGCAUAAACCGCAAGAUGCCAAUUUUGUACGCUUCGAACAAUGAGCAGCACUUUACAGAACUACAACGGUUGUUUUUUGCUGUAGUGUUGUGGUGCUAGAAGCUUGCCAAUUGAAAUUUCCUUAAAUUUUGCUGUUCUUGACGAUGUUUAAAAAAAAAUAUUCGAAACAAAAGGUUGGCGUAUGUUUCCAGCAGUCUCCAGAAUCUUUUUUUUUUUUUUCUUGUCUUUUAAAGACAACAAAUAUUGUUCAGUGGUUCCCUAAUGAGGACAUUUCUGAAUAUCAUGCAUACUUGAAUGAGGAAAUCUGAGCUCACCCAAGCUGGACCUUAUGCUAGAAGGAGUACUGACAUAACAUUUUCGACUUUCUGUUUUGCAUUAAAUGAAAGUCCAAGCCCUCGAAACCCUUGGAGAAGAAAUUGCUGGAUCCCACGCUUCUGUAAGAAUCGGUGUGAAGUAAAGCUUUCGGUUAUGUUAAGCGCAGAUGGCAAAGUAAAAGUUACGCAAAUGGAAUGCUAAUGACCGAAAUGCUUGCAGAAAAUGACGUAAAUGAAGUGUUAUCUUAUGCAAGUAAAAUGUAAAGGACCCAAAAUGCUGUGUUUAACCAAGUGUAAUGCAGUAAGGCAAGUGUAACAUAAUGGCGCAAAUGUUUAGGUGCAUGUGUGGCCUCUAUUUAAGGGCGACAUAUAAGUGCACAGAAUGCUCAGUGUUACCGUUUAUUACAACUCUUUUUUUUUUUCAUGAACAACAUCGCACUCAACGCCAUUGCUAUACGAUGUCAGCAAAUUUUGCUGUAUGUCAUGAUUUCACUGUAAUAUCAAUUCUGUCAGGCCCGACACUUCGUGACCAACUGUAGUAUCAAAAUAAGAUAUCUCAAGUUUCCUAACCUCCUUGUGAAGUGUCAUCUGUUGACGUGCCAUCUGUCAAUGUUCGAAGACAAAUGUCAGUACUCCUAUAAGAGAUCCUUUCCCAAUGUUCAGCGUCAUGCAUGAUGAUGAGCUGCUUUGUCUUCUUCAACACUGGUGCUUUACAACCAAAGGAGCAUAGCAGUGUGGUGCAGCUUGCGCGAUUCUCGAGUAAAGCGCUAGCUUUCCCACGUAACAGCUCAGUGUUUUUAUCAGAUUCACGAAUGUGUGUUCAUAAUGGUGCAUUUGUGUGUUUAAAAAAAAAAAUCGCUUGGGAACAAGUUCUCUGUGUGCUACAAACAAAUGCCCUUGUAGGGCACUAUAAUUUACAAAUGCACUUGUAGGGCUUUUGCUCCAAUGUCAGCUCUUUACUGAUGCUUGUCUCUUGCCCUGUUUCUUUAGAGCCACAUUGUGGCUGAGGUGGGUCUUGUUACAAACUGUUGAGGGGACACGAAAAAGAAAACUUAAGUUGAGCUGCAUUUGUAAAUUAUACUCACCUACGAUGCCAUAAAAAGCCACUCUUACAUAUGAAGAAGCUUGGCAAGCUAGAGAAGACGCAGAAACAAGGCGGAUGGCAAUGCUGCCUGGAAACUUGCUCACCAGCUCAACGUGAUGUAGAUAUUGACAGUGCCUGCUUGGCCCAGCUAAAUUUUUUUUAUCAGUAAAUAUAGAGCUCAUUACUCUAAAGGAGUCAAAGACUGAACAUAGCACGUUAAGGAAAAUUUUGUGCUGAGCCACAUUGGCUAAAAUACAAAGAAAAAGGCUUUGAAAUCUGUAACGUAACGGUAGCUACCAGCACUGGGGUUUCGGCACGAAAUUACAAAACUUUCGUUUGCUCUUUUAGUAAUCAACCUCUUAUCAUUAAAUUAGAAAAAUAAGAGUUUUCAAACUAUACUUUGUCAGUACAAACUGAUUUAUGGUUUCUCUUUCGUGUCCCUUCAAGCAGCAAGCACUUGGAAUGCACUUCCCAUCUCUUUUUGGAAGGUGAUCGCCUUCUGCCGGCAUGUCCACAUCCCUCCGCGCAAUAACCGCACUGUUAUCGCGACUGAAGCACAUGCUACAGGAUUUUGGCUCUGGUUGGUAAGUGCAUUGAAGAUGUUUUAGUUAUGAUUACAGGGGUGGUCGUGCAGCGUAAUGUGGACGUGCUGACAUUAGGCAAUGCCGUGCCGAACAGGCACUGAAAACACGUUCCUUGUGGUCGCUACUUCAUAUCCAGUCUUAGUUAUGCAGACCGCCGCACCACUUUCUUGGAACAGAAGGGGAGACUUGUUAGGACUGUGUGUGGGUUCACGUUACGUUUUUAAGUUCAUGUGUUGUGCCCAAGAUGCAAAUAUGUGGUGUUUAGUUGUCAUUUUUUUGCUUGCUAUGUCGACUACAGGGGAACAUUAAAAAGAAAAAGUGGUCUCCCUGGCAAGAUUAAAGUGUUUGUGACAUGCUCUUAACAAAUUUCUGUAGCACACAAAUUAUUGUUUGAGACUACAUUAGACAUUGUGAUAGCGUGAAACUAAAACAAACAACCUACAUUUCCGCAUCACCGUUUGGAUGUCAACUUCCAACUCAGAUAAUGAAAGAUUGAGUGUUUAAUGAACAAGAGUAGCCAUGCCAACAUCUCUUAGCAGUGUCAACUUUAGAAUUCUGUAGCCGAAUUUCAUUUGUGCUGUGUUGCACAAACCCUGGUUAGUAAGGCUUGUUUCUUUUUAUCCCACCUAAUGAAACGUUCAGCAGUGGCCUGUAUGUUGUAGAUGCAUUCUAGCUGCCGUAGAGCUCCUUGUGAAAGCCAUUAAAGGGGCAUUGAAGAGAAAAAUAAUUUGGGUAGUAUUAGAAUUAUCCUUCCGCAAUACCAAAAAGAAAAGCCAUUCUCACCAUGACGGGAAGAUUGGCAAGCUGGAAAUGGAUUUUGAUGGUGCUUGCGUGGGCCUAGUAAAUAUAUUUAUCGGUAAAGAUGGACUACAUUCUAUUCUAAAAAAAAAAGGCAAAAACUGAACUUGGGAAGUUUCAAGAAGUUUUACUGAACCAUUGCUGCCCAUAUAUGAGGAUGCGACGAUAUCACACUGAUGUACUGGCACCGGGAUGUCAGCGCGAAAUUCAGGAAAUGGAACUUCGAGCUUAAUAAACAACCUAUUGCCGAUGAAAUCAAUGAAAAUAGAGUUUUGAAAGAAUACAUUUAUUGGCAUAAACUGAUUUAUCGUUUCUCUUUAGUGUCCGUUUUAGUGGAAUGACACACUAUUAGGCUAGGUAAAGGAGUGGCACAGUAAAACACUAGGUGUGAAAUCGUGGACAGUGCAUUUAGCUGUGUGCUUUGAAUAUGCAAAGGCGUUGUAUAAUUUAUUAUAUUAUUUUUUUAACCCUUGGUACCACGUGGCAUGUUUGUGCCCACCUGUGCACGUCUCGGUGUUACCAAAGUCCAGGUUUCCGUCCCAUUCUUGUAUGUUCAAAGUAAGGCGCACUUUCUUGCCUGAUGAGUAACUGUCCGCUUCUUUGAGCGACAGUGCAGUGUCGCUGAUGUGCAAGAAAUAAAGUUAUGCAAUGCACACA